CUGAGCUGGCUCUCCAGGACCAACCAAGAGGUAAGCUGGAGCAGGGCUAGAAAAUGUCUCCUUGCUCAUGGAAAGCAAGGUCUCAAAGAAGUCAUCAGUGGUGGCAGCAUGAAUGAGGAUUUCACAAUCAGCUCCCUGAGGAGGAGCAGCUGCCUGCUGCCUGGGCUGGAUCCAUGUUUCCUAGCAGUAAAAGAUAAAGCAGAUACACAAACUGCUGAAUUUCUGACAAAACAACACAGAAUCUCAAGGAGAGACAGCUUCAGCAUGGCCCAUAAAAGUGAAGCUGGUGGAACUGAGAAAAAUGGGUUAUUUUCCUCCAUCCUUUACUGUAAGAGUGAUUUAAAGGAAGGAUCCCUGCAGUGGGUGAAAGAACCUCCCAAUGGCCAGGUGCUCAUGGUGCUCAGCAUGGACAACAACUGCUCAGCCACCUCUUUUGACAUGGAGCUUUGUGCAGAGAAAUUGAAGUCCCUUGGGGUUCAGGUGGCAGGGAAUGAGUGGAAAAGAUUGAUCCAGAACGCUGUCCUGAAGCCUGAAGUCAGACGAUACAUGUUCUACAACUCCAGGGCAUUCCAGAUAGCCAUUGCUGUGGUUUUCUACAUGUCUCUCUGGACAAGCAUUUACUCCACAACCCAGCUGUGUUCCUUUGGACGCUACUGGGAAGCCAGUGUGCUGGUGACCCUGGCUGCUGUGGUGGUCACUGUGGUUGUCAUACUGAUUGUCAAUCGUCACCAGAGGAAGAUAAAUGUGAACACAGAUGUGAGGCUGGCAGCUGUCAAUGAGAUCUUUAUCAAGCAUGGUUUAAUACUUGGGGUUACAGAUGCCCUGGAUGGACCACGCAGCAUCCUACAACUGUGGUUUGUGCACUUUAGCCCAGAGCACUGCCUCCAGUCCUUGUCAGCUCACAUCACAGACCUGCAGAGGAUGCGAGGGUCAGACUUGCAGCACAGCCUGGACCAACUCUGUGUGGUUACAGAGAUGGUGGUUCAGCCUGACCUGGAGACAGAGGAAGAGGCUUCACAUGAAGAGUCUCCUCUUUUAUCCAAUGCAGCCAACCUAAAGAAAGAGCCUGUGACAUGCAAUGAGCUGCUCCACCUCAUUCCUGAGGGCCCACCAGAGGUGAUGGCCCAGCAGCUUCUGGUGAUCUUCAGUGGAUGCUAUGUCCGGCUCCUGGUUACCGGCCGGCUCCCUCGGGCCGUGGCAGGGGGGCACCUGGAGCACAGCAACGUGCCCUGUCUCUGCCAGUUCAUCAAGAGCACCAUGCUCAGCACACACCACAGCUGGUUCAUGGGCAGGUGAUCAGAGCAGAAUGGAAAUGACUGAAAUAAAAGCUGACCAUUCACAAAA